UAAAAAAUAUUGAAAUGGAUCGUAUUGUACAAAAGACAGAACAAAAAACAAGCAAAGCAAAUGUGCGUCAGAGAAAGAAAAGACGUAUUCUGCCACCAGUUUUACAAGGACUUAUGGGUGAAGCAAAUUUAAGAUUUGCUAAAGGAGAAGUAGACUUAGCAACCAAAAUAUGUAUGGAAAUUAUUAGACAAGUACCAAGUGCCCCAGAACCGUUUCAGACAUUAGCUAUGAUAUAUGAAAAUGAUCAACCAGAAAAGUCAUUACAAUUUUCUCUAAUUGCCGCACAUCUCAGUCCUAAAGAUGCUGACCAAUGGAUAAGAUUAGCUAACAUGUCACUAGAUAGUAAUGAUAUAAAACAAGCAAUAACAUGUUAUUCUAAAGCGAUUCAAGCAAGUCCAAAGGACAUAAAUUUAUAUGAGAUACGAGCACAACUCCAAGAACAGAAUGGAGAUAAAAAAGCAUAUUUGCGAGGAUACACAAGAUUGAUUCAUCAAUUGGAAUCUGACGACGGUGAAUAUAUAUUGAAAUAUGCAAAAAUAUUAGCCAAACAUCAUAUGCAAGAAAAUAACAAUGAACAAGCAUUAGAAGCAAUGGAGACCAUUUUUGUUAAAUGUCCUAAUCUCAUUACAUUAGAAGAAGUUAAUAUCAUGACUGAAUUGUUAAUAGUACUGAAACAAUUCAAUAAAUGUUUAGAUAUAUUAGUCAAAUAUACAGAUAUUAAGAUACGAUAUAAGGAAAAUAAAGAAACAGAACAAGAAAAAAUAAUUAAUAGUGUAAAGACUGAAGAGGAAGAAAAAUUGAAUAAUUUGAAAAGAAAAGCUACAUCUCCAGCCAAAAAUCAAAAUAUUGACGAAAUAGAAUCUUGUGAUAUACCAGAUAAUGUGGUUGUUGACUUAAAAGCAAAAGUUCUUAUAACUCUUAUUGAAUUGGGUUAUAUUCAGUUAGCUGACGAACUUUUACCCAAUUUUUACACACAUGAAAAUCCAGAAAUUUCUGGGGAUCUCUUUUUGGAUUUGGCAGAAGCAUUAAUGGACAAGAAAGAAUUUCAGCGUGCAUUAAUUUUAUUGGAUCCACUAGUUGAAAGUUCGAAUUUUAGUUUGGCUGCAGUUUGGCUAAGACAUGCAGAAUGUUGGGUUGGUUGCAAUGACAUAGAUAAAGCCAUAAAAUCUUAUGAAAUUGUGCGAAAAUUGUCACCGCAGCAUUUAGGCGCAAGAGUAGCUCUAGCUAAACUUUACAAGGAAGCAGAACAGUAUGAUAAAGCAAUAGAAGUUCUCUAUCAAGAUCCUGAAUCUGAUACAUUAGAUCCAGAUGUUAUUUAUCAAAGAACAUUACUGCUUUAUAAAGUUGGGAGAUAUGAAGAAUAUUUUACAUCAGGGAUGUUACUUCUUUCAAGGCAUUGUAUUAAUAUAAGAAGAAGAAUUGAAUUAAAUGCACUUGCACGCCCAACGGGUGUUCGGCAACGUCUUGAGAGCUUAAAACUUCGUCGCUUAGCAUCUGGGGAAACAUUAGAAGAUGAAAACGCGCCAAUAUUUGCUGAUAAUACAAAACCGAAUGAAAAAAAUGAAUUUCUACUUUUCCUACAAAUGUGUAAGCUAGCAUAUAAAUUAAAAAAGUUUGGUUUUCUUCAAAGAAUAUGUUUUACUGCUUUGACAACAAAGAGAUUUAAAAAGAGGAACUCCCAUCUAAUUUUCUUAUGUUUAAUUUCUUGUAUACAUAAUGAAGAUUCGUUUUAUGGAUAUAAUAUCGUGCGAGACAUCGUACGUGUCUGUCAAAGAACCAAUUCGUGGAAUUUAUUAAAUAUAAUUAUUCAGAGAGCCCAAGAUUUGAGGCAUAACAGAUUCAUAAUGCGAUUACUUGGAAGAGAAGAUGUAUUUUCGUAUUUGCAUAUCAUGCAUGCGAAUAAUUGUCUUGUCUCAGGAACAUACAAAUAUGCAUUAAAUGGUUAUAUUUCUCUCUUUAAAGUAACACCUAGUGCAUUGUUAGCAUUGUUAAUAGGUGUUACACAAUUACAAAUGGCAUGUCAAAAAAUGUCAGCUAAGAAAAGUCAACUUGUAAUUCAAGCAUUAGCCUUUUUCAAAAAAUAUAUGCAACUACGUGGUAAAGAUGGUAAACAGGAAACCUAUUACAACAUGGCGCGAGCAUUUCAUCAAAUUGGUUUAUUUCCAUCUGCGAUUCACUUUUAUAAGUUGGUCCUGGAAGAAGAUCCGGGAGAUUUAGUCAAACAGAACGCAAAUCUUUUGGACUUAAAAAAAGAAGCAGCUUUCAAUUUACAUCUUAUCUAUCUGCAAUCUGAAAACCAUCUUCUUGCUAGAAUGUAUCUUGAAAAUUAUAUCACAAUUUGAAUAAAAAAUGUAAAAAUUUGUCGUCCAAAUGUAAUAGAAUUUGUACUUUCUUAAUAUAAUAUGUACCUAUUUAUAUAGUAUGUAUAUGCUCUUAUUAUAAUUAAAAUAUAUGCUCUUGUUAUAAUUCUACCUAUUACUAAUACAAUUAACAUUAUAAAAAAUCUGACACAUUUAUGAUUAAAAUUUAAUAAUAUACUGUAUGAUAUGAAAAGAACACACUUAAAAUCUUCCAUCUUUUUUUAAUUUACAAUAUUUUUCAAUAUAUAUUUUUGUUAUUGCUACAUGUGAUCAUAACGUAACAAAAUAAUUUUUUAUCAUGCAAUCUUGAAAUAUAUAUGGUCUAUC